AUGUUACUGAAGUGCCUGGGCCGAAGGAUCAACCUGUCCCAGUACCACAACCCCAACUGCCUCCAGGCCUUGCCUCCUGAGCCCUGCCCUCCUCCUGUCAGUGAGUUCCAGACCAUCCCCAGCAGCAGCCCCAGCAUCUCCCUGCCUCCACUCCCUGAGCCAUCACCACUGUCCCAGCCCAGCCCUCUGGUUCAGAUCACACAGACUACAGCCCCCUCUGUUGACACUGCCAAGUGCAGCUCAGGUUGGGUCAUAAACACCAAGUGCAAGGAGGAGAAGAUCAACUUCCAGGAGCUGCUGUUCAAAUACCUACCAUCCAGACUGAAGAAGUUUGACCUUGAGGAAAAUGAUGAGAGCCUGAGUAACCUGGAGGCCCAGCGUGAAAUCAUAGGACUUCCAGCUGCUCCAUGGCGCAAGCUGCAUGCCUUUCAGACUACUGAAUACAUGGAAUCAGAACAACAGGAUAUCCACGACUUCCUGCUCAAUAAUAUGAGCAAUGGUGGGAUAUUAGAGAUGACGAUGUGCCAUCUGAAAGCGGUGGGUCAGAGGUUCAUGGAGGAGUGGGCUGACUGUGGGCUGACUGCAGUGGUGCAGGAGGUGUAUCAUAGUUGGAGGAAGCACAGUAGUGGCCUGCCCAACCCUCUACUCCGCAACUGCAGUAAUCAACACAAACUGGGAGACCUGGACCAGGCCCUGGAGAGCUAUGAUGUGUGUGUGUGCAGGCAUACUGCGGAGAUUCACGCACGGACCACAGAGGAGGAAAGGUACACCAUCUACCUGCCCAACCUGCGUGCAGAUGCAGUAAUCUCGGUGGAGGAGAUUGAUAAGAAGAUGGUGUCUCUGGAGCAUUGUCAGUCCCUGGCGGAGAUCCAGCGUCUGAGUCUAGGGACUAUGAGUCUGUGGUGUGGCUGCUGCAACCCACCCUCAGCUAUGAACUACCUGUUGAAACUGAAGGACUACCGUCAGUGUCUGGAGUGCACAGAGGUUGCCCUGAAUGAAGCCCUGCAGCAGCUCAACUCUGUCCCAGUCAGCUCUCACACGGCAAAGGAGGAGUGGUUCUCUACCAUCACAAUGCUGCUGGGAGGCUUCGAGGUCUGCUUCACAGAGGACCCUCAGCUCCUGCGCAACAUCAACCACUACACCAGCAUGGCCCGGCUGGCCAACAACCUCAUCUGGCUCAGCCCUGCCCUGGAUUCUCCUGCACCACAUCAUCAAGCACGAGGAGGCUGCCUUCAACUGCCUGCUUCGCCAGCACAUAUAUUCGUAGGGGAUGAUGAAGAUUGCUCUAACACCCCCAUUCUGCCCUCCUCCCUGAUGCUGCUUAACCUGGCCCAUGAGUACCUGGGCCGCCGCUCCUGGUGCUGCAACUCAGAUGGAGCUCUGUUCAGAAAGAGGCGUCUCCCUCGAGUGGAGGAUACUCAUCCCUACAAAGAUAAGAUGGGCGUUGAGCAGUGCUUCUACUGCCUGUAUGCUUACCCCAGCAAGAAGAUCAUGGCCCGUUAUCUGGAGGAGCACUCUGCUCAACAGAGGGCCCUGGAGAUGGACAGCACCAACCUGGCUCUGUGGAUCGAGUACAGCACCAUGUCCUACGCCGUGUACUCCUUCACCUCGCGCCAACUCAAACAGUGGAGGACUGAGCUUCCCUCCGAGGUCAUCAAACCGGUGCAAUGGAGGAGAGAGACCAUGCUGGAGACGUGUUUCCAGGGGACGUCUCGGUGUGAGGGGGGAGGGGAUAGGGAUGAGGAAGAGUGGUUCAUUCACUACAUGCUGGGGAAGAUAGCAGAGAAACGCAAGCAGCCACCCCGGGAAUACAUCCAGCUCUACAAACAGCUGUACUUUCAACUGAGCGCCACUCUCCUCAAGCUGCUGGAGUCUGAGGAACCAGACCUGGAGGAGAAGCCCCUCUCCAUGAUGGACGAGGACUCCCACUGCUGUGUUUCAUCUGUGUGUCUGACGUCCCCACCUUACACGGCCACUCUGGUCGACCACAAUUACACCAAACGUAACGGCCUCCGGCAGCAGCAGACCAAGCGUAACGGCCUCCGGCAGCAGCAGACCAAGCGUAACGGCCUCCGGCAGCAGCAGACCAAGCCAGCAGACCAAGAACGCCUCCGGCAGCAGCAGACCAAGCGUAACGGCCUCCGGCAGCAGCAGACCAAGCGUAACGGCCUCCGGCAGCAGCAGACCAAGCGUAACGGCCUCCGGCAGCAGCAGACCAAGCGUAACGGCCUCCGGCAGCAGCAGACCAAGCGUAACGGCCUCCGGCAGCAGCAGACCAAGCGUAACGGCCUCCGGCAGCAGCAGACCAAGCGUAACGGCCUCCGGCAGCAGCAGGCCGGCCUCCGGCAGCAGCAGACCAAGCGUAACGGCCUCCGGCAGCAGCAGACCAAGCGUAACAGUCCUAGCCUCCGGCAGCAGCAGACCAAGCGUAACGGCCUCCGGCAGCAGCAGACCAAGCGUAACGGCCUCCGGCAGCAGCAGACCAAGCGUGAAAACGGCCUCCGGCAGCAGCAGACCAAGCGUAACGGCCUCCGGCAGCAGCAGGCCAAGCGUAACGGCCUCCGGCAGCAGCAGGCCAAGCGUAACGGCCUCCGGCAGCAGCAGGCCAAGCGUAACGGCCUCCGGCAGCAGCAGGCCAAGCGUAACGGCCUCCGGCAGCAGCAGGCCAAGCGUAACGGCCUCCGGCUGCAGCAGGCCAAGCGUAACGGCCUCCGGCUGCAGCAGGCCAAGCGUAACGGCCUCCGGCUGCAGCAGGCCAAGCGUAACGCCCUCCGGCUGCAGCAGGCCAAGCGUAACGCCCUCCGGCUGCAGCAGACGAGGAAACAGUAUGAGGAGGAGCUGAUGAUGGCAGAAAUUAACCACCAUGUGCAGGCAGAGCGCAGUCAGGACAGCGUGGUGGUGACGCUGUCGGACUCCAACUCCACCCAGGAGGCCUUCACAGACCCUGCCAGCUCCCAGGACAGUAGCCAUGUUAAGCUUCAGUCUGGGAAGGGCAGUGCCUCUUCAUCUGAGAACAUCACCCCCAUCAAGGAGGGCCAGCCUACAGUUGAAGACAUAGGUCCCAAGGCCCUCCCUACUGAGCAUUGUCGCAUGCUGUGGGACGUGUGUGUCCGUAGUGUCUUCUUCUGCCUGAGCUGCUUCCCUCAGCACGACAAGAGCCUCUACCGUCUGGCCUUCUCCAUCAACAGCAAGGCCCAACAGAAUCUGCGGUGGCCACGUGAUGUGUUGCUAGGAAGCAGUGUCCCAUGGCAACAGCUGAAGCAUAUGCCAGCACGAGGACUUUUCGAUGAGGGGAACAAGACAAACCUGUUCAUUGGCAUCUGGCAUAUUCCAGUUGAUGAGAUUGAUCGCCCUGGCAGUUUUGCAUCUCAUAUGAACCGAUCCAUCGUCCUCUUGCUGGAGGUGCUGUCUCAGCUGAAGGACCACGACACACUGAUAAUUUUAUCUUUCAUGCUCCAGAGAACCCCUGACCAGGGAAAGAAGUAUUUGCGGGAUGUGGAUCGUCAGGUUUUGGCCCAGAGAGCAUUUUUCCUAGCUGUAAAAUUCCUGGAGGACAAUCUCAACAAACUCACAGGGGUGUCAGAGCAGCCUUCCAAAGUGCCUGCGCCCUCCAUGGGGGAAAUGACAACUGCGGACACGUCCAACAGGCCCAGUGCAGAGGACAGCAGUCAUGCACUGCAUAAGAAGCCUGAGCUCACUGAGGAACCCCAGGUCACUGCCCCAGGCCCUGACUCUGGGUCCCGGGGGACCCCUCAGACACAGCCAGCCCUGCUGGCCACAGACAGAAACAGGGGGGAUCAGCAGCAGAGAACUCCAUCUGGGAAGGUGGAGGCUGCUGUGGGCGAGUGGGCCAGAGCAGGGCCAGAGGAGCCCAUGGAGCUGGAUGCUGGCCACUGGGGGUGUCCCUCCAAGACCACAGACUCACAGGGCAGACAACCAGACACGGAGUCUCCCAGAACUGUCCUGGUGCCUGGGGAGAAAGUGGUUGAGAGCAGCCGCGCACCGGAGCUUUCUCUGGAGGACCUGAGCAUCAGCUCCAGACAGCAGCAGCAGCAGCUCCAGUGCCUGGUAGCUAAGGGCCCAGUGUUAGCCAGCGGAGCAGAGCAGGGACUAGCCCAGGGGGCGCUAUGCAGGCCCAGCAGGAAGAGGAAGCUCCUGGAUGACGCAGAGUCAGGCGAAACUCUUCUGCUGGAUGCCUACCGGGUGUGGCAGCAGGGCCAGAACGUCAUGACCUACGACCUGGGGCGCAUUGAGAAGAUCAUGUCAGAGACAUACAUGCUCAUCAAGCAGGUGGAUGAGGACGUGGCACUGGACCAAGCCGUGAAGUUCUGCCAGAUACAGAUGGCCACGUCAGCACAACGACAGUCUGCCGGUGAUGCCCCGACAACACCCAAGUACACUAAGGAUAACCGCGACAUCUUCUUCCCUGCCUCUCUGCCAACCCCGGUCUUGCUCAGCCACACUGCCUGCCACCCUCUGUCCAUCCAGAUCCAGGACAGCCAAGCCAAACUCCAGUACGAGCCCCUGGGCAAGGUGCCCAGACCUCCAGCCAGCGGCCCCCACGAGCAGCCCCAGCACAGGAGAGCCCCCCUGCCCAUCCACCCUGCUUCAACUAUGGCCUUCAACCCCCAAACAGCCAGGUCAUGUGACGUGGUUGUUUCUCCAGAUGAACUUGAGGAGCCUGCAGAAGGACUGUCCUACAGACAGCAGGAGUCUCAUCUGUGCCAACAGAUGAAGCUGGCCACUGUGUCCCCAGGGCAGGAGGCUGCAGGCUGGCCCCAUGAUGAGCCUGCUUCCUGUAGUACCACACAAACCUGCUUAGACCAGCAGCUGUAUGGCAGCAGUGAGCAGUCUAAGAUGUUGGACCCCAGUCGUGUGCGCUCCCGCAUCCCCCCCAACAUGACAAAGCUCUUCAUCCCCUCCACCGUCACCAAGUUCCCCCCGGAAAUUACCGUCACCCCGCCUACACCCACCCUGCUCUCCCCCAAAGGAAGUAUCUCUGAGGAAACCAAGCAGAGACUCAAGAACGUGAUCCUGUCCUCCCAGUCGGCGGCCACAGUGAAGGAGACGCUGAGCCAGCCAGCCCUGGAGGUGCAGGAGACCUCCAGCCAGGAGUCCUCUCUGGAGAGUGAAUCAGACGAUGAGGAUGAGGAGGAUGAUUACAUGGACAUCUGAGCUACUGACCAGCUGUGCCCCCCCACCCCCUUGUCCCCUUCUCACAGCUACAAGAGUGAACAAACCCAGGCUGCUCAUUUGAGCUAGACCUGACUACCGCCAACCCUUCCACCUGGUCUUGAAACAAUGGAAUGGUACAUGUCACUGCAGCUAGUGUCUCUGUGUUGAUGCAGUUGGUCUAUCUUGUAUUGAAUGGGAAAAGUCAAACUGUGGAUGACUGGGGAUGUUUUUAGUUCAACAACAAUUUAGCAAAGUGCCAUUUUACACUCAUCACACCGGUCUCCAUAGCCUUUCACAUGAAAAUGGGAAAGGGUGUAGAAUGAUGAUCAACACUUACUGUAAGUUAAAUGGUCAGAAUUUGUGGAUUGUUGCUAUGCAGACAAAUUCUUAGCCUUCAAUGCAAUUGGCAUCCUUGGCUGUGAUUUAUGCAUCUUUCAUAAGUAAUGGGGUCAAAAAUUCUGCCUGCUUUUCCUAUAUUUCAACUGCAGCUACAUCCUUGUUGGUGGGAUGCAACAUCCCACACUGAGGUACUUCAACAUGAUAUGUGCCAUGGCAACAUACAACUGUUGCCAGCCAACUUUUGUCCAUACACAUUGAUAUAAGAACCUAAACUGCAAGAAACCCACAUUUGUAUGUAACCUGUAUUUUCAUGGACACUACGAUUUACUGAGGACCUUCAGCUUGCAAACCAGGCUUUUAUAUGGGUCUCCUAACGCCAUGUUGAGGAACCUACUUCUCCAAAGUUAAGAACAUGUAGCAGAUUGGAUAUGUUUACACUUCCCCACGUGUGAUGUCUUUUGUUUGUUCUAUUUUUGUACUCCACUGUAUUAUUUCCAGUCUCGUUUGAUUUUUGUCCUUUGUUUCUGUGUGGAUGUGUAGCUUGGAGGAGUCUUUACCAGGAAGAGGUCUUGUCACCAGCAUUGCUCAGGAUAAUAGACAGAGAGAUGUUUUGGAUUAGCCUGAGUUAGCUUUUGUACAUCACACUUAAAACAUCUUUUCCAAUGAGGCAACUCUUAUAGGGUUUGGGUGUUUUUAUUUAGCAUUGGGGUCAAGUACAUCUCCAUUCUAGUCAAUUUAGGAAACAAAUUCAAUUUAACUUAAUCAGUUGUGCUUCGGUUUAUUAACUGAAUUCACUGGCAUUGUAAGGGAAAAUCCCUUCCCGAUGGAUCAGUUUUGGUAAAUAGGUUUAAAUUCAAAGUAAACUCGGAACGGGGAUAGCUAGUCUGUUGUACAGAAGACAAUGUUUUUUACAGAUUGUUUUCUAUAAAAAGGAUAUGUACUGUAUGUUUGUCAAAAACAAUACUUUUUAAAAAGGAAAUUAUGAAUUAAUAAUUGUAAAGGACACCGCCCAAACAAGUCUUGCUUGACUACCUGUAAAUGGAUGUUUGUAUUUUUUGGUGUAAAAUACUGUUUUGUAUUUCUACUGCUGAGCGUCUUAUGGGAAUAUAGAAUGGCUGAAAGGUGACUUUGGGUUCAAGGCUUUUCUUCUGCUCUUCACCCUUAGCUCAGGCUGGGGAGUUGUUGUUCUCUACAUAUUGACUUGCCACAUUAAAGAUGUCACAACAAAAAUAUAUACUUGAUACACUCA